GCCGCGCCGGCAUGCUGUCCUGGCUCCUGCUAUGGGCCGCCGCCGGCACCCCGGCCGCCGGCGACUACUGCGAGGACUUUGAGAGGGGCGAGCUGGGCCCGUUCUGGUCCACCAGCCCCCUGGACAGCCGCGGCCACUGGAAGGCCACCGGCUACGAGCAGCUGCGCACGGCCGUUCCCGACUUCCCGCCGCCGGCCGCCGGCAGCACCGUGGCCUACCUGACGGCCGACCCCUACCAGAUAUACGUGUAUGUACGCCCGGCUGCAGAUGGCCAGCGCGCUGGUGCUCCCGGCGGGCUCGAGCGUGUCGCUGCGCUACUGGCUGCGCACCGACUACCCGGGCUCGGGCACGCUGGAGGUGCGCCGCCAGGUGGACGGCGUGGAGGAGAAGGAGCCGCUGCUCUCACUCACCAACACCUCCGGGCCCAACAGCACCCAGUGGGCCGAGGUCAGCGUGCCCAUCCCCGACAGCAGUCGGCCGCAGAAGAUAAUCAUUUUCGGUGGAUGCGCAAAUCAUGAACAGAACAACAUUGCUGUCGACGACGUCACAAUAUGUGGGCCGAUGGAGCUAAACCAGGAGUGCAACUCAUUGACAACUACCACAGAACUUACAACAAUAACGGAGGACCCCACCACCCGCUGGACAGAGGAUCCCACCACCCGCUGGACGGAGGACCCUACCACCCGCUGGACGGAGGACCCCACCACCCGCUGGACGGAGGAUCCCACCACCCGCUGGACGGAGGACCCCACCACCCGCUGGACGGAGGAUCCCACCACCCGCUGGACGGAGGACCCCACCACCCGCUGGACGGAGGAUCCCACCACCCACUGGACGGAGGACCCCACCACCCGCUGGACGGAGGACCCCACCACCCGCUGGACAGAGGAUCCCACCACCCGCUGGACGGAGGAUCCCACCACCCGCUGGACAGAGGACCCCACCACCCGCUGGACGGAGGACCCCACCACCCGCUGGACAGAGGAUCCCACCACCCGCUGGACGGAGGAUCCCACCACCCGCUGGACAGAGGACCCCACCACCCGCUGGACGGAGGACCCCACCACACGCUGGACAGAGGAUCCCACCACCCGCUGGACUGAGGACCCCACCACCCGCUGGACUGAGGAUCCCACCACCCGCUGGACGGAGGAUCCCACCACCCGCUGGACACCGACCACUCCGGCGCCCGUUCCGGGCGAGUACUGCGACGAUUUCGAGUCGGACGACUUUGGUCUGUUCUGGCGCCAGAGCCGGUGGGACUCGGGCGGCCAUUGGGAGCAGAGCGCCUUCUCCCGGCUGCGGGACACGGUGCCGGACUUCCCGGCGCCGGCCAGCGGCGACUGGCUGGUCUUCCUGACGCCAGCGGCGGGCAGCAGUUUCGCGGCCGCGCGGCUGCAGAUGACCGCGGAGCUGGUGUUCCCGGCCGGGUCGCGGCUCUCGUUCCGCUACUGGCUGCGCUCCCAGGUGCCGGCCGGCGCGGCGCUGUUCGUCAAACGGUGCGUCGGCGAGGAGGAGGACCGCGAGUCGCUGCUGGACCUCUCCGAGACAGCCGCGCCCGGGAACGACCGCUGGACGGAGGUCAGCGUGGCCGUGCCGGCCGACCCGCGGCCGGCCAAGAUUAUCAUAUUCGGCUCGCGCGGCACCCAGCCUCUGGACAGCAUUGCCAUUGACGACAUCCGCAUCUGUGGGCCCGAAGGCCUCGACCAUCAGUGUUUGACCGCGGCCCCGCCACGGCUCGGGUAGCCCAGCGUGCGGCCGUGGGCGCAGUCUGGACGACUCUGAUUGGUCGGCAGCGCCUUCCAGCGGGCCGGCCGGCCAAUGGGCGUCGCCGGUGCGGGUCGGCCGGCCCGUCUCGGGUGUCGGCCGCGUCGGGUCGCCGGCGGAGGUGCUCUCCGAGCUCACUGCGACUUCAGGGCGGACACG